CUAUCGCCCGUCGGUGAGAAAGAGCUCCACAUCGGAUAUAUAUUCUCUAAUGCUGUUGUCGGAUUCCAGCCCAUGCAGUCAAAUGCAGUUAACAAGAAACUGAUAAUCCCGAGCUUGAACCUGCAUAUAUAAAUGGCGGAGAACCAGGCUGGCAGUAUUCGAAGUUUCGGAGAACGAAAAAGCUGAAGAGAGAGAGGUGAUUUCCAGCUCCUUUUUCCAGAGAGAGAGAGAGAGAGAGAGAGAGAGAGAGAGAGAGAGAUGAUUUCCAGCUCCUUUUUCAAGCUUUUUGUCAUCGACCUUUUGUGAUCUUCUGAUCUGAAGCGGACGAGAUGUCCCUUUUUUCACUCUAUGAGCUUCUGAUCUGAUCUGAAGCUUUUCAAAUCUUGAUCCCCUGCGCUUUUGAAGAAUUUCGCAUUAACUAGUGUUUGCUACUGCUAUGUAGUUCUGUUUUCUCGAUGUGUCUGACGGAAGUCAAAACUCGUCGUUUUGCAGUUGUUUCGACCUAGAUCGUGCCGUUUUUGAAGAAUAUUUGGCUUCUGAUGCCCUUUCUGCGGGUGCUUUGGGACAUCUCGAAGCACAGGAAGUAUUACAAAAAUUUCAUUGUGUAGAAUACUGGUCAAAAUAUCGAGCUUCUGAUCUUGAUUAGUACAGUGGAGAAAGGGAAGUGAUAAUAUGAGGGAAAAGGACAGCAAGACUGUAGUGCCAAACAGUAACCAAAAGAAUGGUUCUAGCAAAGACAAGAGAAGAGAAAGAAAACCACAUCCAGAGAAGGACCACAAAAUCUUGAGCACCAAGGGAGUUAAAUGUGAAACCUUGGGUACACGGCCACGGCCAGACUCCAGUACCAUAAUAAGUGAUUUGAAAGCAGGCACAGAUGCCCCUGAAGUUUAUGAAAGCCUGGUCAUACAUUAUAUGGAUGACCGCAAGUCUGAGGUCGCAAUAACAGAUGGAAAAUCCUUUGAAAUGGCUGUGAAAGAGAAUGGGGACGAAAGAGAAGAUCCCUCUAGUGAUCAGGAAAAGGAAGUCAAACAGGGGAAGGAAGAAGAAUCUGACUGUGAAACCAUUGUAGAUUCUGUAUCAUCUCAAGGGGAUACAGAGACCAACAAAGAUGACAUAGUAGAACAGGCUUCCAGGGUUCCUAAAAACUUGCCAAAAAAACAGUCAGAAGCACUCCCUCGUGCAGCAAGAAUAAACGGCGGUCAAAAAGAAGGAAAUAAAUUUCAAUUGAAGACACCACAGAGCACUCCAAAGAAAUCUCUAAAAACCAAUAAAGGGAUGUCAGAAGCUGCUGCUAAAAGCCUAGAUAAUAAAUCCAAGAAUAUGAAAGUUCCUUCCAAGCCUUCAUCAGAAUCGUCUGAAGGAGGUGAUGAAAAGCCAAUUGAAGAGGUGAAGGAGAUGGAUCUCUCAGAUGAAGCACCAAAUGGUGCUCAGAGCAUUGGAACAGACGAUGAAACUGCUGAUGCAGAUGAGACUGGCAUAGAUGAAGAGAAGGUGAAUGCAGACCAAAGGAUCCAGGAAAUGGAACUGAAAAUUGAGAAGCUAGAAGAGGAGCUGAGAGAAAUUGCUGCUCUUGAGAUUUCACUCUAUUCUGUGGUGCCAGAGCAUGGAAGCUCGGCACAUAAGGUUCACACACCUGCUCGGCGCCUUUCUAGGUUAUACAUUCAUGCUUGCAAGCAUUGGACUCAGGAUAGGAGAGCCAGCAUUGCUAGAAAUACCGUCUCAGGGCUUGUAUUGAUUGCCAAGUCAUGCGGCAGUGAUGUGCAAAGGUUGACUUUCUGGUGGUCGAAUACAGUUGUGCUGAGAACUAUUAUUUCUCAAGCAUUUGGUAAUUCUCAUCACUCAAGUAUGAUUGGAAGGCUUUUUGAGUCUAAUGGUGGGGGAAAGAGAAGUGACCUGAAGUCCCCUCCCGUGAAAUGGAAAGGUAGUCCUGGCAGCAAGCAGGUGCAGAAGCUUGGUUUUAUGCAAUUGGUAGACGACUGGCAAGAGAUGAGCACAUUUACUGCUGCAUUGGAAAAGAUAGAAUCUUGGAUCUUUUCUCGGAUUAUUGAGUCGGUGUGGUGGCAGACCUUAACCCCACACAUGCAAUCUCCAGUUGAUGGUUUGUACGAAGUAAAAAGCUUCAGGAAGCUGUCAGGACCAGCUUUGGGUGAUCAGCAGCAAGGCAGCUUCUCUAUCAACCUCUGGAAAAGUGCUUUUUUGGAUGCCUUCCAAAGGCUCUGUCCUGUUCGAGCAGGAGGGAAUGAGUGCGGUUGCUUACCUGUGUUGGCAAGAAUGGUAAUGGAACAGUGUGUGGCCAGACUAGAUGUUGCCAUGUUUAAUGCAAUCCUGCGGGAAUCAGACAACGAAAUUCCAACCGAUCCUGUAUCAGAUCCAAUUGUUGAUUCCAAAGUUUUACCUAUUCCGGCUGGAGACUUGAGCUUUGGGUCUGGCGCACAGCUAAAAAAUUCUAUUGGAAAUUGGUCUAGGUGGCUGGUGGAUAUGUUCGGUAUGGAUGCAGACAAUUUCAUGAAAGAACAGAGCAGCCGUGAGGAUGAUGACAGAAGGGGCGGGGAUGUCGAAUCCAAAUCUUUCCCCCUGAUGAAUUCCUUGAGUGAUCUUCUGAUGCUCCCAAAAGACAUGCUCAUUGACAGAUCCAUCAGAAAAGAGGUAUGCCCUUCACUCGGUCUUCUGUUAAUAAAGCGGAUCCUCUGCAAUUUUACACCUGAUGAGUUCUGUCCUGAUCCCGUACCUGGUGCCGUCCUAGAAGCACUGAAUUCCGAGAGUUGGCUGGAACGGCGGAAAUCUGAAGGGGACUCAAUAAGCAGCUUCCCAUGCAGCGCUGCACCCAUUGUCUACAGCCCACCUUUGCUGGCCGAUGUGGCAGAGAAGGUGGCAGAUGCAGGAGGGCAGGCAGAACUUGGGAGAAAUGCGUCAUUGGUACAGAGGAGGGGGUAUACCAGCGACGAUGACUUGGAUGAAGUGGAAUCUCCUCUCACUUCCAUCAUUGAUAAGUUGCCCCCGUCUCCUCCAAUCCCCAACGGAAAUGGAAAGCUGAAGGAAACGGUGCGAUCUAAUGGGGAAGGUGUGAGGUAUCAACUCCUUCGUGAGGUUUGGUCCGUGUGAUUUCAUCUGGAGUCGUGUCGUUUUUUA